AUGUUCUCAACAAAGCCAUCGCAGUCUCCUGCUCCUCGCCAUCUUCUCCAACUUCUUCAACUGUCAAUCAGCAAUCAGUCUUUGAAACUGACCCACCAAUCCCAUGCUCGAGUUUGCCACUUGGGUCUCCAGCAACACCCUGUUGUCUUAACAAAUCUCAUCAAUGCCUACGCUCUUACCGAGAACACUGUACAAUCUCGAAAGCUUUUCGACUCCAUUGAAGUCAAGGAUGUUGGUUUAUGGAACACGUACAUCAAUGGAUUCGUAAAAAAUGAUCUUCAUCCCGAAAGUUUUAGCAUUUUUAACAAUAUGUGCCGAACCGCUAAUUCUCUCCCUGAUGGCUUCACAUUUUCGACUCUGGCUAAAGCUUCCGGCGUGAUUGGAGACUUGCUCGCCGGAAAAUGUGUUCACGGAAAGACUAUAAAACUUGGGUUUUUGUCAGAUACUAUAUUAACCAAUUCCUUGAUGUCAAUGUAUAACAAAUGUGAUAGAAUUCAAGACUCUCGUAAACUGUUUGACGAAAUGCCCCAAAGAACUAUUUCUUCGUGGAACAUAAUCUUGUCGGGAUAUGUCAGUGGUGAAAACCCCUUUCUAGAGUAUCAAGUUUGGAAAAUUUUAAAGUACAUGUUAACAGAAGGAUUGAAGCCUAAUGAAUUCACAUUAUCCAGUCUGCUUCCAAUGUGCGGAUUCAGAUUGGGGAGAUUCGAUCAUGGAAGGGAACUUCAUUGUUACAUCAUCAGAAAUGAACUUAACCUUGAUAUCUAUUCGGGUGUUCACUUAAACUGCUCUUUGAUAGAUAUGUAUUCAAGAUGUAGAAAAGUAAGUUUGGCUCGACUGAUCUUUGAUCAGAUGAGGUUUAAAAAUGUCUUCACAUGGACAGCAAUGAUGAAUGGUUAUCUACAAAUUGGGGAUGGAAAUGAAGUUGUGCUUCUAUUUUGUGAAAUGCAGAGAAGGGGCGACGUAGAACCUAACGAGGUUUCCCUUCUAACACUUCUUCCUGCUGGAAACUUAGUUGCAGGUUUGUUAGGAGUAAUGCAGAUUCAUGGGUAUUGUGCCAAAAAGAGUUUUAUCAAUCACACUUCUUUCUGCAACUGUCUAAUAGAUAUGUACUCUAAGAACGGUCUUUUGAGCCAUGCAAGGGAAGUCUUUGACCACGAUUGUCUUGCAAAAGAUGCAAUCUCUUGGGGUUCAAUGAUCUCAGGGUACGGAUUACAUGGGAAAGGUCAAGAAGCAGUUGAUUUGUAUGAUAAAAUGCUCGCAAAUGGAAUCAAGUCAGAUGCAAUUCAUGUUGUUGGAGUUCUUUCUGCCUGUAGCAGAUCAGGUUUGGUAGAAAAAGGUCUUGAUGUUUAUAGAAAAGCAACAAGUAUUUCUGGGUUCGAACCAACAAUGGAGAUGUAUUCUUGUGUGGUUGACAUUUUGGGCCGAUCAGGUCAGCUUGAUGAAGCUUUGAGUUUCAUCAAGACUCUUCCUUUAGAACCUGGACCUAGUGUCUGGGGAGCGUUUGUGAGUGCUUCUGUGCUUCACACAAACUAUGAAACAGGAGUUUUGGCUUACAAAGCGCUUAUCCAGAUCGAACCUGAAAAUCCCUCUAAUUAUGUCUCUCUUUCUAAUCUUCAUGCAACUUCUAGGAAGUGGGAUUCUGUGGCUGAAGUGCGAAGAACGAUGAAAGAAAGAAGCUUGAGGAAGUUUCCUGGUUGCAGUUGGAUUACCAUCAACAGCGAGACUCAUAGUUUCUCUGCUUCUGAUAAAGGGCAUCCUGAUUCCGGUAAGAUAUAUGAAAUCUUGAAUGAACUGAUUCUAGCGAUGAAGAAACCCUGA